AUGGCGGGGAAGCUGGAGCCUCGGGAAGUGAAGUCGCAGGAAGUCGUGGAGGACGGUGAAGGUCAGACCGAGUCUUCAGAGAAGACCAAAGACUUGCUGGAAAUGGUGAAAAAGCUGCAGAAAGAAGGAAGCCUGGAGCCACAGAUUGAAGACCUGAUUAACCGGAUUCAUGAGCUUCAGCAAGCGAAGGAGAGAUCCAGUGAGGAACUGGGAGGAGGCCAAGCUCUUUGGGAGGCCCUACGUCAGGACCUGGACUCCUUGAGUGGAGAGAAAGUGCACCUGGAGGAGGUUCUGAGCAGAAAGCAAGAGGCCCUGAGGACCCUCCAGCUGUAUUGCCAAAGGAAGGCGGAGGAGGCACAGAGGUUGCCCAUGGAAGAACAGCUGGAGGACUUGAUAGGCCCGCACAAGGACCUCUGGGAAUUCCACAUGCUGAAGCGGCGACUGGCCUGGGAGAUCCGUGCCCUGCAGAGCAGCCAGGAGCAGCUGCUCACCGAAGAGAGGCAGGCGCUGGCCCGGCUGGAGGACGUGGAGCGGCGGCUGCUCGCGCCGCCCGAGGCCCCCGCCGCCCGGGCGGUGAUCGGCGGGCUGAAGGCGGAGCCAGAGAAACUCGGGGAAGAGGCCCCCGCCCAGACCCAGAGCACCCCAGAGGACCGGGCCGGCGCUGAAGAGGUCGGCCCCCAGCUCCCCAGUGAGGGCGACCUGGCGCCGCCGACGGAGCUGGUCCCGACGCCCCACCCGGCCCCACCUUCCUUCAAGCUCGCCCGGGAAUAA